CCCACUAAUAAUAAUUUUCAUCAUUUGUUCAUCUUAUAUUGUUUUGGCUUUCAGAUAGAAAACUAAGGUGGCAUCAAUGAGUACCAUAAGCAAAGCUUCUUCUUCCAAGAAUAUGACCAGUGAGUGUGAUUCCUCCGAGGAGAGUGGUUGGACUAAGUACUUUGAGGAUUUCUUUGUUGACAACCAUAAUAUUGAUGAUGAUCAGAAUUAUUGUUCUAUGUCUUUCUCUGGUGUUGAUAGUUAUUCCACCUCCUUUGUCUUUGAUGCUGCUAUAAAAAAAAUAACUGACAGCACACUAGAUAAGGAAUAUGGUAACCAAUCGAGUUUGAAGAAGAGAAAGAAGAUCAAAACAGCUUUGGUUGAUGAUGCUUUGGAAGAUACUGCAAGCUCUCCUAUCAAAGGCUCCAAGGAAAAAAGAAAUACCUUGGGAGAAAGAGAUGAAAGGAAAGAACUGAGUUUUAAUGAGAAGGAUAAUGACCACACAGAACUGAAGAAGAAAGGCCUUUGCUUAGUUCCUUUUUCGAUGAUAGUGAAAUAUCUAGGUUGAUUAAUUAGUUCCAAGACAAAGCACCCCAUAUAUGCAUUUGGGAAAUAUCCACAUUCAGAGAAAAAAAAAGAAGAAAUUAUAUGUGAUAGGUAAUAGUGUAACAAGAAAAUCAGAAAAAUGAUUAGUGAUCUGAGGUGUUUGGGUGUUGAGGUGUUAAAAGAAUAUUACUCGUGCAUUUCUCUCUAGUGUACUAAAUAGAUAAUCUUCUUUGUUUUCUUAAGGCAAAUGGAUAAUCAUGCUAGACAGCUAGAGCAUGUUGUAUAUAAUGAAUCAAUCAUUAUUUUCAAAUUUCAGUCUUCCCAGCAA